CGUUGCGCUGCGCACUCGGAUUCGCUUUCGUCUCCCAGUUCCCUCCUGAUCAGAAGUCAAAGCUCCAUUCUUUUUCACUGCCCGACUAAAAGCCCCGUCGAACGAGCGUUUACUGUCGUCUCCUUGUCUCAAUCUCUCCCUUCAAUCUUUUUCUAAUACGCGCUCCCGCAUCAAAGGAAAGAAUAAAAGAAAGUAAGCAUAAGAAAACGAUCAGUAACUUCUCCCCUCUGACAAAAUCAAGAAUCGACCAAUCGCGGGAUACACACACACACCCGUUCGCUCGCAUCUCUUCCUGAGAUCCCUUUUCGCUAUCGUUUUCGAUGCCCCUCAAAAUCUUUGCAGUCGUCCUCCUCCAAGUCCCCCCCCAUUCGCUUGCAGAGCGAGAUGCAGAGACGAGGAAGUAGGAAUUAAAAAAGGAAAGGCAAAUCACCAAAGCCCCCCAACUCCACCCCAUCAAUACGUACUUCCACACAACCCCCACAUAGAGGCAUAGGGCUUCGUUCCUCUCCACUCCCUCUUCCUCUCUCUAUAUAUACCGUCAUCGGAUCUGAUUUCUGCAAUACCCACAUCGUGUUUUGUCUGAUCUGUCUCUCUAACGCACGCAGUCUCUCUCUGUGUCUUGCGCUUCUUUUUCUCGUUCUUGAGAAUUGGCCGACGACUGAGAACCGAGAAGUGGAGAAGAGAAGGGUGGGGGGAAAUAGGAACUUUUGCUUCGGUCCCAUGAAGUGAAGGGGCAUUUUCAUUUCUUGACCAGAUGAAAUGAAAAUGCCCAGCUCAUAUACACGCCAACGAUGACCAGAGCGAUUGACCUCAGCGACGGCGACGAAGAAGAGCGUUACUACGAGUCCCUCGAUCGCCUUAUCUCAUCCUCUUCUUGCUCCUGCUCCAACUCCGAGGAUGAGCCCGACGAUCCGAGCCCGGAUCCGAAUUCCGCCUCCGAUCACCCCUUCCCCGUGCCCCGGUUCCCCGUGGGAGUCUUCCGGUACGAUGUCUGGAUCUCACAGCCGUCUUCGGUGUCGGAGCGGCGGUCUCGGCUUCUCCAUGAGAUGGGUCUCACCGCUGACCCGUCCCUUUCACGGGCGAAACAGGGAAACGAAUCGGGUCACGCCGACUUUGGAAGGUCAGUAUCGGCGGAUCACUUGACGAGUCAACAGAGUGGUCAGAGCGCCGGUAUCGUGCGGUCGAGAUCAGAUGGGUCUGUGGAUCACGAUGCCUCCACGAGUGACCAGUGUAAUUCGAAUUCCUUGCAGCCCAUUCGUUAUUCUACUUCUAUUCUUUCAAUUGAUAGCAACGGUUCUUUUGUAAAUAGCAAUAAUUUUGUGGAUGGUGUCGAUGUUGAAUCACGGGGUACUGGGAUUGGAUCCGCGAGUGCCAGUCCCCUUAGAUUGGAUAGACCGCUAAUCACGCAAUGUUGUGAAAAAUUCGACGAGGUUAAGAGUGAUUCCACGAGUUUAAAAGUUGACUCGAAUGACCGUCGCGUUGCGGCUGAGCGUAAUGGAGAGGGUGGUUGUGAUAUGCACCAUAAUGGCACUGAUGAUAGGGCAAAUGACACGGUUUGUACGAUUAAAAACCUUGACAAUGGGAAAGAGUUUGUGGUGAAUGGAAUUAGGGAAGAUGGUACUUGGAACAAGCUCAAGGAAGUUGGGACUGGUCGGCAAUUGACAUAUGAGGAGUUUGAGAUUAGCGUCGGGCAUUCCCCAAUCGUGCAAGAGUUGAUGCGGAGGCAAAAUGUGGAAGAGGGUAAUAAGGAUCACAUGGAUGUAAACUUGAUUGGGGGUGGUGCAGGGGGGUCAAAGUUGAAGAAGAAGGGUGGGUGGUUUAAGAGUAUAAGGAGUGUGGCAAGUGCAAUGACUGGUGUUAAUAAGGAGAGGCGAAGUAGUGAUGAGAGGGAUACUUCUUCUGAAAAAGGUGGUCGGAGGUCAAGUUCGGCUACAGAUGAUAGCCAGGAUGUAUCAUUUCAUGGACCUGAGCGGGUAAAAGUGAGGCAGUAUGGAAAGCCUUAUAAAGAGCUUGCAGGGCUUUAUAAAUGCCAAGAAAUACAGGCGCAUAAUGGAUCUAUAUGGAGUAUCAAAUUUAGUUUGGAUGGGAGAUAUCUUGCAAGUGCAGGCGACGAUCAUGUAAUUCAUGUGUGGAAGGUGGUGGAGUCCGAGAGGAAGGGAGAAUUACUGAUGGAAAAACCGGAAGAUGGGGGCUUUCACAUGUUGUUGGGGGCUAAUGCAUCACCAGAACUGGGCAUCUUGUCGCCGAAGAAGGAUUAUUAUCUUGAGAAGAAGAGAAGGGGGAGAUCAUCAAUAGGCCGGAAGUCAUUGAGCUCGGACCAUGUUUUUGUUCCGGAAGUUGUGUUUGCGCUUUCCGAGAAACCUGAAUGUUCGUUUGAGGGACAUCGUGGUGAUGUUCUCGACCUCUCAUGGUCCAAGUCCCAGCACUUGCUCUCAUCUUCAAUGGACAAGACAGUUCGAUUGUGGCACUUGUCUAGCAAGUCUUGUUUGAAAGUUUUCUCCCACAGUGAUUAUGUAACCUGUAUCCAGUUCAAUCCUGUCGAUGAUAGAUAUUUCAUUAGUGGAUCCCUAGAUGGCAAAGUGCGUAUAUGGAGUGUUCCUAAUAGGCAAGUUGUUGACUGGAGCGAUUUCCAUGAGAUGGUCACUGCAGCUUGUUACACACCAGAUGGUCAGGGAGCUUUAGUUGGUUCAUAUAAAGGGAGCUGCCGUCUGUACAGCACAUCUGAGAACAAGUUGCAACAGAAGAGUCAAAUCAAUUUGCAGAAUAAGAAGAAAUCUCAUCAUAAGAAGAUCACUGGCUUUCAGUUUGUAUCUGGAAGUUCAUCUGAAGUGCUCAUCACAUCUGCUGACUCUCGAAUACGGGUUGUUGAUGGGGUUGAUCUGGUACACAAAUUUAAAGGGUUCCGCAACACAAACAGCCAAAUCUCUGCGUCCCUCACUGCCAAUGGAAAAUAUGUGGUCUCUGCCAGUGAGGAUUCUCAUGUCUACGUGUGGAAGCACGAAGCUGACUCUCGACCCAGCCGUGGAAAGGCUGUUACUGUAACACGUUCCUACGAACAUUUCCAUUGUCAAGAUGUUAAGGUGGCCAUACCUUGGCCCGGUCUGGAUGAUGCAUGGGGAACUCAUGAUGGUUACUCUGCCGAUCCAAAUGGACCUGAUACCGAGGAGGCCUCCACCGCCAAUCAUCCUCCGACGCCUGUUGAGGAGACUAAUGGUGCUGGAGGCUCAAGAUCGGCAUCGAGUUGCAGCAGCAGUCCACUUCAUGGUAGCAUUUCUUGGGCGACCAAUAACUACUAUGACAAAAUUGCGGCCGCUUGGACAGACGAAAAACUUUUAUUAGCUGCAAGAAGCAGGAGCCCUCGUGUCAGCGUGGAUUUCUCCAACGGGAUUGGCGAGAACAUGUCAGCAUGGGGGCUGGUGGUUGUAACUGCCGGGCUUCGAGGUGAGAUCAGAAUUUUUCAAAAUUUUGGAUUGCCCGUCCGGAUUUAGGGGGCCUAUGAGAAACCAAGAAAGUCAUCAUCUCUUUAAUUUCCAUGUUGAGCUCCAUACGCCCUGAGUUCAUAUCGUCCUUGUUGCUAAAAACUGUACAGAAUAUACAUGGGUGAGAUUUGUAAUAUUAGUGAGUUCAGUUUUUCAUUUUCUGUUGUCAUGCUUGUGCUCGUCGGACGUGUCCAGAUUGGGAUCGCUCUGGCUGAGCAUCAAGAGAAGCAAAAUAGAUUUGUAAGCCAGAAAAA